UGACGGCGGUGUGUUUAACCCUUAGAUGGUCUCUAGCGAGCCGCUGCUGCUGCCGGUGUCACUGGAGGGCGAGUUCUCCACUAGCAUGAAGGAGAUGAUCGGCGGCUGCUGCGUGUGCUCCGACGAGAGGGGCUGGGCCGAGAACCCGCUCGUUUACUGCGACGGGCACGGCUGCAAUGUCGCAGUGCAUCAAGCUUGCUAUGGAAUUGUUCAAGUACCCACUGGACCUUGGUUCUGCAGAAAGUGUGAAUCUCAGGAAAGAGCGGCCAGAGUGGUAGGUGCUUUGUUAUAUGUUGCUACUUACAGUGAUGGUGUGGGCAUUGUCUGCUGAGGUACCUCAGUGGCA